GAUCUGCGGAUUGUCCACUCGUCCCGCAACUGGGUUUGCGACCGCACCUUCGGGUACUGCCCUGCCCCAUUCACCCAGUUGUACACCAUUCACGGAUUUGUACAUGGGGACCGUUGGUUGCGGCGCUCCUGCCCGGCAAGACCUCCGCUGUGUACGACAAACUUCUUGAAGUCGUGCGGGACGCCCUGAACCGUCGCUUCGGGCCUACUGGAGCGCUGCAUGCGGUCCAUUUUGACUUUGAAACGGCCGCCAUCACAGCCUGCCAGAGAGCAUUUCCUGGCGUUACGACGAAGGGGUGUCUUUUCCACUUCGUCCAGUGCCUCAUCAGAAAGAUCGAAGAACUGGGACUGCAGGCUGACUGCUCUGGAAGGGACGCACGCCGCUUUACCGCCCAGGCCCUCGCAGCUGAUCCCCUCGGAACAAAACCAGGCGUGCCCUCAACUUCCCGGCCCAGAGCCGAGCCAGACGUUGCCUGUUUUUCUGCCCUUGCCAAGCCCAGUGCUCGGGUCCUCGCAAACGAUCCCCUCGGAACCAAACCAGGCGUGCCCUCAGCCUCCCUGCGUGGCUAAAGAGCUGAGUCAGUCGCCGCCUGUCCUCACACGUGUCCUGAGCCCAGCGCCUAGUCAUGGAUCAGACUCUGCCCUCUUGACAACUCCCGUAGCGGGGAGUCUGAAAAGGAAAGCCCCUGGAGACAGUAGCAGAGGCAAGCGGCGGCUGCUGACCCCAAAGACCAGGCUCAUCCGGAACUUCAGGGUGAGAGUCAGCAAGCUGAAGGAAAAGCUGACUUUCAGUGCCAAGAGGACGGCAAGUAGAAGUCAAAUGCUAGAACAGCUUAAGUCCUGUAUGUCCGUCAAUGUGUGCAACUUCGUCCUAGGCCAGGCUAUCAAGAAUGCUGCUACCUCAAUGCCUGACAUGCAGAAGAUGUGCGUUUUGUCAUUUGAUGAGAUGCACAUCAAAGCUCAGCUGCAGUACUCAACAACGUCAGAUUCUGUGUAUGACAUCAGGUUUGGUAGAUCAAAAGUGGCAAAGUGGGCUGUAAUCGCUUGCUUUUAUGCCACGGAUUCAAAAAACCAGUACAAGGUGGCACCAAGACUGACUGACCAGCAUAUACAGGUUAGGAACAAAAUGAGAGUGAAGUAUGCUGCACAGGUACUUAGGCACAGUGUAGCUGCCAGCCUCUGCAUGAUGCAAGCACGCAUCAGUGGCAUUGAUGACUGUUCCGGCACAGCAGAGUUUGUGGAACACAUGGACAAACUGCUUGACGCGCUGAAUUCACGAUUCCUAGCUCACUGGAAAGUGCUCGCACUUGCGAUGACUACAUCCUCCACACACGUUGACAGCUUGAGAACAAAGCUGCACUUCAUCCGAUCAUGGGAGCUCCUCACAGUAGAAGGGAGGCAUGUGCCAUCGCCUCCGUGCAGACGGGGCUGGCUAGUGACCAUUGCUGCUGUUUUGCAGGUCUGGGAGCAACUGCGGGCUGAGGGACUCUCCUUCUUGAUGACAAAUCGUCUGAACCAGGACUGUCUCGAAAACUUCUUUUCUGUCAUUCGUCAGAAAGGGGGUUUCCGAGAAAGCCCUGACACAGAACAGUUCAAAGCAGCAGUAAAGGCACUCAUGACUGAGAAUCUGAUGCGGUCGAGUCGGUUGACUAACUGUAAGGAGGACCUGGAUGAAGUCCUGCUUUGUGACAGCAGUUUCCCAUCGGGCAACUUGCCACCAGAUGUAAUUGGUGAGGAGGAUGCAGACCAUGAUCAUGUCUCUGGGCCUUCAGAUACCGCACCAGAAAUGGAUAUUUUUGAGGAGAAAGCAGCAGCCUACUUGGCAGGCUACUGUGUGAGUCGCACACUAGCUAAAGUUGGGCAAUGCUCUCAGUGUAUAUGA